AUGAAUUGCACCAUCCUGUUCCUUGUGGUGGCGCUCCUUGUGACGGUGCUCGACCGGUGGGAGAAGAUCCCCAAGUUUUACGCAAGAAAGUUAGCCCAUAUGCUCUGCGGGCUAAUCAUCCUCCUCUUCGACAUGAACAUAAACGGUAAUAGAAGAUCGCCUCAAGUGAACGAUGUUAUCAACACCGGGAAGGGAAGCCACUACGUUCUGUUCAUUUAUUUGAUAGCUGUCACAUCUAUCCUUCGUUGCUUUAUCUGUCCAUUCAGAUUUGGUGUCUACCGAGACAAAGGAAUCAUCGUCUACAACACAGUCGUCUCACUUUUUUUCUUUUUCAAACUUCCGCUCUACGUGUUGACACCCAUUUUUUUUGCCGAUCCCAUGGCUGCCAUCGUGGGCAGACAAUUCCCCGCCUACUCCAUUUACAGGAAGAAAACACUGCAUGGCACUCUGGCCUGCUUCUUCGUGUCACUCGUGUCCCUGUACUACGUGGAAAAUUACCUGCACACGCUCCUCUUAGGAUUGUCCAUCUGCCUGUUAGAACUUUUUGGCGGUGCCCUCGACAACCUCUGCAUGUGUUUUCCUAUCUUCAUCUAUAUGAUGUUUUUUAAUGUGUAG